AUGUCUGGUUUCAAGAGCCUCGCCCUGCUAUUGGCAGCUCAACUUGCCAAUGCACAAGGUGGUUACCCGAACCCUCCUGUCGAAGGUCUACCUUUCCCUGGUACCAAUUAUCCUGGCUCUGAAGUACCCUACGCCGUAGCUGGCGCUCAAUUCAACCAAACAUCCCCUCCCUACUAUCCUUCUCCUUGGGGAACCGGUGCUGGAGAGUGGGCAAGCGCAUACGAAAAGGCCAUCGCAUUUGUUUCUCAGUUGACUCUUGCCGAGAAGGUCAACUUGACUACUGGUAGGCUCAAUCAACAUCACUUUCGUUGGGAGUCUGAGCUCUGUGUCGGUAACACAGGUUCCAUUCCCCGUCUGGGCUUCAAGGCUCUCUGUCUGCAGGACUCGCCUCUGGGUGUCAGAUUCGGCGACUUCGUCUCUGCAUUCUCCGCCGGCGUCACCGUUGCUGCAACAUGGGACAGAUCACUCGCCUACGAACGUGGUCACGACAUGGGCAGCGAACAUCGCGACAAGGGCGUCGAUAUAAUGCUCGGCCCCGUCGUUGGCCCUCUCGGCCGCAGUCCCGAAGGUGGACGUAACUGGGAAGGUUUCAGCCCUGACCCCGUUCUCUCUGGUAUCCUCAAUGCCGAAACUGUCAAGGGAAUUCAGGAUGCUGGGGUCAUUGCUUGCACUAAGCACUACAUUCUCAACGAGCAGGAGCACUUCAGACAGGGUGGACCUAACAUUUCUGAUGCCGUCUCUGCCAAUGUCGACGACAUUACUCUUCACGAGCUCUAUGUCUGGCCUUUUGCUGAUGCCGUUCGUGCUGGUACCGGCAGUGUCAUGUGCUCUUACAAUCAGGCCAACAACAGCUACGUCUGCCAAAAUUCGCACCUUCUGAACAAAGUUCUCAAAUCUGAGUUGGGCUUCCAAGGAUUUGUUGUGUCUGAUUGGGCAGGACAACACUCCGGUGUAUCAAGUGCUCUCGCUGGUCUGGACAUGACCAUGCCCGGUGAUUUGAGCUUCGAUAGUAAAACAUCGUUUUGGGGUGCCAACCUUACCAUUGCUGUUCUGAACGGAACUGUUCCCCAGUACAGAAUUGAUGACAUGGCUGUUCGUAUCGUAGCUGCCUGGUACCUUGUCGACAGAGAAGACAACCAGGUUGAGAACGCGCCCAACUUCUCUUCAUGGACUUCCAGAACAUUCGGGUACCGUCACUAUAUCGCUCAAGAAGGCUACGAGAAGAUCAACUAUCACGUAGAUGUUCAGGACAACCACCGCGACAACAUUCGCGAGGUCGCCGCCAAGGGUACUGUUCUCUUGAAGAACAAGGGUGCUUUACCUCUCAAGGGUACUGAACAGCUUGUUGGUGUCUUUGGUGAAGACGCUGCUGACAACCAAUACGGACCUAAUGGCUGCUCUGACCGCGGCUGUGACAACGGCACUCUUGCUAUGGGAUGGGGUAGCGGCACUGCCAACUUCCCUUAUCUGGUGGCUCCUCACUCUGCUAUUGAGAAUGAAGUUCGCUCACACGGCAAGUCGGUCGAGAGCAUUCUUGACAGCUACGCCUACAACCAGAUCGAUGUUCUCGCUCAGCGCACUGACGAGGUUGACGGCGCUUGUAUCGUUUUUGCCAACGCCGAUGCUGGUGAGGGUUACAUCAUUGUCGAUGGUAACCAAGGUGAUCGCAACAACCUCACUCUCUGGCAGGGUGGCGAGGCUAUUAUUCGCAACGUCUCGUCCCUGUGCAAGAACACUAUUGUCGUGCUCCACACGGUCGGACCCGUCUUGAUCAACGACUGGUAUGACCACGAGAACAUCACUGCCAUCAUCUGGGCAGGCGUUCCCGGACAGGAGUCAGGCAAUGCUAUCGUUGACGUUCUCUACGGCAAGGUCAACCCCUCGGGUAAGCUUCCCUUCACUAUGGGCAAGACCCGUGAGUCUUAUGGCACCGAUCUCCUCUAUGAGUACAACAAUGGUGGUGCACCUCCUCAAACUCAAUUCGAAGAGGGUGUCUUCAUCGAUUACAGAGCCUUUGAUAGAAGCGGUGAGAUCCCUGUCUACGAGUUCGGUUACGGUCUUUCGUACACCAAUUUCAGCUACUCCGACAUUUCGGUCUCGGUCAACACUUCGGCUCCUGCAUACGUCCCCACCUCGGGUUUCACUGAGGCUGCGCCCAUCUACGGCACCGUUUCGAACAACUCUGCCGACUACGUGUUCCCUGCCGAUGUCAGACCCAUCGAGUACUACAUCUACCCCUUCCUCAACUCGAGCAACCUUCGCGCUUCGUCUGGAGACCCACACUACGGCAGUAACUACAGCUUCCCUGCCGAUUCUGCCUCGAGUGCACCUCAGCCCCUCCUUCCCGCUUCUGGAGCUCCUGGCGGCAACCCUGGUCUCUACGAUGUCCUCUACACUGUCACUGCCACCGUUACCAACACUGGCUCUGUCGAGGGUGAAGAAGUUCCUCAACUCUACAUCUCGCUCGGUGGACCCAACGAUCCAGCUGUCGUUCUCCGUCAAUUCGACAAAUUCUCCAUCGCACCUGGUGCCUGCAAGAUCUUCACAGCUCAAAUCACUCGCAGAGAUGUGAGCAACUGGUCGCCUGAGCUUGAUGACUGGUAUGUUAGCGAGUACCCCAAGACUGUCUACGUCGGCUCCUCAAGCAGAAAGUUGCCUCUCAAGGCUGCUCUCCCUGCCAACGCUGGAACUUCUCCUGGCACUGGCAAUGGUGGCUCUGUCUUCGUCGCACUCGACGUCCAAGUCCUCGUCUCACUCGUCGAGCCUCUCGUACUCCCACUCCACAACGAAUGGCCACGGUCAAACGUCUUGGACUACCUACACCAUGCCUAG